AUGAGGGGCAUCUUCACGUUCUCCGCUGCCUCCGCGCUCUUCCUUACGCUCGCGCGCGCAGAGCUCGACAAGCCUGCUCUCACGUCCGACCUGGACUACCUCCUUGAGGGCAACGCCAACAACUUGCCCACGGUCAACAGUCACAUCGCCGUCUGGCCAAGCGGGUAUAUUCCCAAGGACUGCCAGGAUUUGGGAUCCGGUGAGGGGUAUAAUGCGAGUGAUUUUGAGGUUUAUGAGGUUACAUACGAUGAUUGCGCCGACCCCUGGCUCUUCUGCCGGCACAGGGAUGUCGAGGUAGACAUCGCGACGGCCGCAGAGACGUUCUCGAAGCUGCCUGUGAAAGUACGAGACUGGGUCCGCCAGAUCCUCCUCAUGCCCGGCGCGAAUUCAGCCUUCGCCAUCAACGGCAACGUCGCCUUCUUUGGCACAACCGGCAGCAACGUCGAUGUGAUGAUCCACGAGUCCGCGCACGGUCUGGACGGAUUCGCAGCGUUUGGUGAGAAUUUAAGCUCGAGUGACGGCUUCCUUGCUGCUUACGACGCGGACACUCACGUCCCCGACAACUACGCCCGCAGCAGCCAGGCCGAGAACGUGGCGCAGAACACCGUCGUCGCAGUAUACGAUAAGAAUGUCCCUGGCGGAUUCCCUGGUGUUCAGGAGCAGUACACGGCUAUUUUGAACCAAUACAGCUACAUCCAGGACAAAGCGGGCGAUGCGCUGGUGCCUGGAGGUACGUGUGACCGGCACUUGGAGAACUCGGAGAUUGUUGUUUUGUCUUCGGCUGCGAACACUACUGUCUCUAGGGCUAGGAGGGGCAUGGCUGCGCGCUGGAAGGUUCCGCAGACUGAGUUUAAGGGAGAGUAUAGCAAUGUUGUCAAGGAAUUUGUCCCCUUUAGGUUUAAGGAGGAGUUUUAG